UUUCCAUAUCAAGUUGAAUCAAAACUGUGGAGGGGAGAGGAAAGAGUUGAAGACGAAUCUCCAAUGGACAAUUGGGAGUCCAUCAAAUUCAACUUUAGACGAAUCAGUUUUUCUUAUGCAUCCCCAUUUGCAUGCUCAACCUAAUUCAUUUCUCUCUUUUCUUCCCUAUAUCAAUGAACAAUCCGCCGUCUAAUGGCGGCCGGAUCCUUGAAGAGAAGGCAGUCUAAGCGAUCCAAUUCCAAGCCUUCUAUAGUCAUGCCUUCUCGCCCUUCUCAUCAAUCUUUCCUCGCCCAUAGAACCACUGCCCUCUUACUUUUCAUUUCUUUGAUUUUCUUUGCCGUUCUGGUCUCCGGCAUUUCUUUGAAUGUUUUGCGUAGAUCGCCCAAAUAUGAAGUUCAAUCGCCAAUGAUUUACUCUAUUGAGGUCGUCAACGAAUUUCCUCACGAUCCUCGAGCCUUUACUCAGGGACUGGUUUAUGUAGAAAAUGACACCCUAUUUGAGUCAACUGGCCUCUAUGGACAGUCAUCAGUUCGAAAAGUAGCUCUCUCUACUGGGAAGACCGAGGUUCUUCACAAGAUGGAUGACUCUUACUUUGGGGAAGGUUUAACACUUCUUGGGGAAAGGCUGUUUCAAGUAACUUGGUUGAAGAAAACUGGUUUCAUAUAUGACCAAGACAAUUUAAACGAAGUUAAGGAAUUCACUCAUCAAAUGAAUGAUGGUUGGGGAUUGGCAACAGAUGGAAAAAUUUUGUAUGGAAGCGAUGGAACGUCAACAUUAUAUCAAAUUGAUCCAGAGACAUUUAUAGUUACUAAUAAAUGGGUUGUGAGCUAUCAAGGAGAUGAAGUGCAUAACCUCAAUGAGUUGGAAUUUAUCAAUGGAGAAGUCUGGGCAAAUGUUUGGAUGACAGAUUGCAUUGCCAGAAUCUCUGUACGUGAUGGAGGUGUGCUUGGAUGGGUUCUCCUCCCGACUUUGAGACGGAAAUUGUUGCAAGAAGGGAAACGAAUUGAUGUUUUAAAUGGCAUUGCAUGGGAUAGUGGCAAGAAUCGCCUUUUUGUGACAGGAAAGCUAUGGCCAAAGCUCUAUGAAAUCAAAGUGCAGCCAUCAAAUGAGCAUUAUGGUGAUGAAAAGAUAAAGCAGCUUUGCUUGCGAGAGCCAAUUACAUUUUGACUAACAUUAUAGUGACGAACAAGGUCUAGAUCCACACAGGGUGCAGUCGAUACAUACGUUGAAGUUCAAUAUUCUAUCCAUUUUUUUAGAUAAUAUUCUGCCUGCGUUCCGUGUGAUAGCAAAAGAGACCACUCGUCUAUAUUAUAUGUUCGAAUUUCAACUAUAUUACUAAAGUUAUGUAGUUAUAGUCCAAAUAAAAAAAAAUCAAAGGCAAGUAACAUUUGUAGGAUUUGUGUUUAUUCGAAUCCUUGUGCUUUGAGUACUUUUAGCGUAGGGUAGUUUUUGUAAUACACAGCACUGCAUAUAUAUUUUUUUUCUAAUAGUCACAGCACAAUCUAAUAUCACAAUCAUCAAGGCCAGUCUUAGCAA